GCUGAGCAAAGAAACAGCAGUGGUGUGGAGGAAAGGAACAGAGACCCUCAGGGAAGGCCACAGACACAGCCUGCGACAGGAGGGAGCCAUGUGUGAGCUGCAGAUCCGGGGCCUGGCUCUGGAAGAUGCUGGGGAGUACUCCUGCAUGUGUGGGCAGGAGAGGACCUCGGCCACGCUGACCAUCAAGGCCCUGCCUGCACGAUUCACUGAAAAUCUGAAGUCCAGGGAGGCCAUGGAAGGGACCACAGCCACACUGAGGUGUGAACUCAGCAGAAAGGCUCCUGUGGAGUGGAGGAAGGGUGUGAAGACCCUCACCAGUGGGGACAGACUCCGCCUGAGGCAGGACGGGGCUGUGUGUGAGCUGCAGAUCUCCGGCCUGGCCACAACUGAUGCUGGGGAGUACUCGUGCGUGUGCGGGGAGGAGAAGACAGCAGCCACAUUGACCGUGAGGGGUAAAGACUACGUGGCAGAAUAGAUCUGUGUUCUGGUG